AGCAGCACUACUUCCAAGCACAAUGAGAGAAAGACACAGUCGUUUGUUCCAAGCAUUUGCUUUCUUUCUGCAUGAAAACGGAAAGACCAACCUGAGUGCAGCCGGACAGGUCUAAGUAGAUGAGUUUGUGGCAUCCUUUUGCUGAUCCCAGAACGGGGAUUCCAAGUAGCCCAUCUGCAAACAUUGGCUUCCAAGACCUAUUCUAUUUGUGGGCAGGAUAAUAAGGGCCAGCUGGAUGUCAGGAUGCGAGUGGUUACCCUUACAUUGCUACUUUGCUUCUGCACAGUGUCUGAGCUAAGGAAGAUAAGAAGAAAUCACAGAGGAAACAAUGACAAACCGAAAAACUCCAAGAAAUAUUCUAGCACGGCAGAGCGUUAUACUCCAGAAUCACCUUGUGACAUUUACACAUAUCUUAAUGAAAAAUACUUAGACUGCCAGGAGAGGAGGCAGACAUCUGUCCACCCUGACUGGCCAGAAGAUCUAAUACACAUACUGCUUGCUAGAAACCGGAUCCGUAUUUUGAAAAACAACGCGUUUUCUAAAUUCAAAAAACUAAAGAGCUUGGAUUUGCAGCAAAACGAAAUAACUAAAAUCGAAAACCAAGCCUUUUCUGGUUUAACGAAACUCACAACUCUCUUGCUGCAACAUAACCAGAUUAAAGUACUUUCAGAGGAGGUGUUUAUUCACCUGCCUAGGCUUGGCUACCUACGGCUGUAUGACAACCCAUGGGAUUGUAACUGUGAGCUGGAAUCCCUAAUCACAUAUCUGCAGAUUCCCCGAAACCGGAAUAUGGGAAAUUACGCCAAGUGUCAGACUCCAGUAGAGAUGAAUGGGCAGAAGUUAAAACAGGUUACACCAGAAGUUAUAUGUCAGGGAGACGACGCAGCACCUAAACACCUGGAAGGACCCAAGAUCACCAGACCUUCAGUGGACUCGUCGCUCUGCCAUCUUUAUUUGUACCCAAUUGCAACAUUAGACUGUAAAAGAAAAGGAUUACAAAGAGUCCCCACUGACAUAGCUCCAGACAUCGUAAAACUUGAUCUGUCCUACAAUAAAAUAAAAGAGCUACGUUCAAAAGAGUUUGAAGAUGUUCCAAAUCUGGAGACAUUAAACCUGGGCAGCAAUGGUAUGGAAUCCAUAGAUUCGGCUGCCUUUUCAGGUCUAUUGAAUCUACAAGAAUUGGAUUUAUCAAAUAAUUCUCUUGCUAACUUUCAAUAUGGCGUACUGGAGGACUUGUACUUUUUGAAGACGCUUUGGCUCAGAGACAACCCUUGGAGGUGCGACUACCACAUUCAUUACUUGUUUUACUGGCUAAAGCACCACUACAAUGUUAACUACAACGGCUUGGAGUGCAAGUCGCCGGAGGAGUAUAAGGGCUGGUUUGUUGGGAGGUAUGUUCGAAGUUAUUAUGAAGAAUGCCCAAAUGAAAAGUUUCAAGUGCACACGGAUCGGGCAAUGGAUGAAGAGGAAAGGGAGCGACAUAAGGACAAUUCAAAGCCAAAACCUAAAGGUGUCAUAGUAACUGUGAUAAGUUAAAGCAUAUUUUGUAAGCAAGAUACUUUCUUAUAAUUUGCUUCUUUUCUAAACAAAAACAAAGCCUGGCCUACAUUUGCAUGUAGCCCUCAGCUGUUGGAGACCUCUUGUCAAGAAAUUGUCUCCUUUUAGGGGAAUCAAUAAAUUGGUGCAUCCCAUACCAACAAUAUAUGCUUCACAAAGUGUGCACAUCUAUCACAGAAGAAAUGGUCUUUACAUAACUGUGACAAAAGCAGCCAAGGGCAAUGCAUUAUUUUAUGUGUCAGGUAGCCUUAAAGCAGGUUCCUCUCAAUCAGUCCGUCAAUCACCGAUCUGAUUUACUAGUAGAAGUUCCUCAUUGAAACUGCUAUAUUACUGAAUGGUUAACUCAGGUGACAUUUCUAACAGUACACAAUCCGCUGCUGCCAACAAAACUCUGUGAUUGGAUGACAAAGUCUGACACCCUGUAACAAAUCGUUUCUACCAAACAGCAUCAAUAUAACAGCUGACCCUAUUGGAUGCGUCUCGUGGAGUUACAGCAAUUUAACAAGGUGUGAUUUAUACGAUGUGUUUUAAAAUGUAUAUGUAUUUGUGAACAUAUAGCAUUCAGUGUGUUAAAAGAUGCAGUUUGCUGGCAGAUGCUAGUAAGCAAAUACAUUUUAUCAUCUUCCUACUGAACCAGCCAAAGGAACCUCAGCAAACUCUGUCUU